AUGGUCGAUUACAACCAAAGAGAUAUCGGCAUUGGUGGUGCAAUCUGGGUCUCCGGCAUAACUCUCCUCAUUGCAUCUUUUAUCUCAUUACGGCACAUUUGGGUAAACAAUAAAAACCCUCAUUACAGAGAGGCUCAAAAAUGGCUCAACGUGAUUCUUCUUGGCCCAAUGCUUGUAGGCUGGCCUUGCUGGGCUAUAGUCAUUGUAGGCUCUGCUAUAGGAUUGCUUGAAGUUGCUGCUGAUGUAAUGAAAGCUCUCAUAAAUAAAUAAUAUUCGGUUCGAAAGAAUGCUUACUCAUGGAAUUUUAUUUUGGGAUUACUCUCGAAUAAAAUAAAUUUGUUCGCUUACGGAGGGUGUUAUUUUUUAGGUUGAAAUUUAAAUAAUCAUUUUAGUAAAAUUGAAAAGUAAAAAUUAAUUUAAUCUACAAAGCUUAUAUUUUAAAAUGCAAGUUGUUGUUCAAAUUAAACAGAAUUAGAUCAAAAAUUUAAUUAGUUAUCACUCUUAUAUCAGAAUAUUUUUUUUAUAAAAAAACAUUUUUAUCUUAAAAUUUUAGUUCGCUGGAUUUCUCCAAUGGUUUGUUCGUUCACAGAGGGGGAGCUAGAGAUAUUCAGCACUGACCUUGGUUUAACUUCUAGCCACAUCUACUCCUUGUGCAUUUAAAAAGCUCAAGGUUUUCCACUCAACACAACUGAAGAAGGUAGCCCAUGGCAAAGAUGUACAGGAGCUGAGUCGGACAGUGCGACGGCAAACGCGCCAGUGAGAUAUAUAGCUUGGUUUGGAAUUUCUACCUCUAGACACAUCAAAUGUCUAAUUAAUCACCGUAAUCUCUGUAAUGAAAGCUCUCAUUGUUUACGUGUUUGUGGAGUACACUAUAAGAAUGUUAGGAUGGCAAAGUGAUAGUACAGGCUCUCAUUAUGACCCAAUGAAAGUUGACGUCGCAGUCUCCUCAGUCGAAAAGGUCAAGCACAAGUGUCCUUGCUUCGGCUCUAUAAGCUUAGAAACCCCAAAGCACGUCCACAGCUUCUUAUGGAGAGUAAAAUGGGCUAUGAUACAAUACGGCCUCACCUUCUUGCUGUCAGCAGUAGCUUCGUGCAUUCUUCUAUACGGAUUUAGCACUGAUUACCUGCAUUAUGGAUCAUCUGAUUUCCAAUACGGCUACGUUUAUAUUAACUAUGCAAAAAUCGUAACCUCAAUUUACGCCAUGUACUUCAUGAUGAUGUUCAUGAAAGUCACCAAGGAAGCCGGCUAAAUGCCAUUUACCCUAUUUGGUACUUGCCUAAUAGCAAUUUACAAAAAAAAUUUAAUGAAAAAACUGUUUAAAUUUUUCGAAAAAAAAUAAUGCUAAUUUCUUUAUCAGGAAAAAUCAAAAAAUCAAGCACCAAGAAGUCAAAGAGCUUAAAAAUCUCAAUAUGACACCAAAGUUCAAGGUUAUUGAAUAUGCAUUUAUGGUCACCCAAAUCCAACCUUCUAUCAUAGGCCUUGCAGCCUCAUACGGACUAAUAGCAGACACCACAGACGACGAUUCAGUAAAAUACGUAACCAUUUAUACGUCAAAUUUACUUCUCUGUGUCGAAAUGAUCAUUUUGGCUUUCGUUAACUGGGUGGUGUUCCCUAUUAGUGACUAUAAAGGUCAUGGGGCAAGCCAGCCAUUGAUUUCUCAGAUUAAGAACAUUUAA